UGCAUGGAAAAAUAUUUGUAAUACCCUUUUUAACUUAAAAUGUACAAAUUUCCUCAAAAAAUAGAUAAUUAAACACAUAAUUUACUAGUUUUCCAAAUACAGUUCCUAAAAUUGCAAAAAUAGGAAUCAAAGUUAGUACGAAAAGAAUUAAUUAUAACUUUGCAAUUUAGGUAUUUAAUUUUUAUAAAAUCUGUUUAUAUCAAAAUAUAUGUAUAUUAUCAUUAACUGUGUGCACCUUUGUAAAAUUGAUGUGCUUGAAUCAAUCAUUUUACCAAAAUACAAAAAGACCAACUAAAGCCGGGUUGGAUGACUAGUAUUUUUAAAUUAGAUUCAGUUAAAAAGAAUCAAAGUGCAUAUAACACGUCAAAAAUAUAGUCGUGUUUUUUGUUAACCAAACUGAAAACAUGACAGUAUGCUUCCAAAAUUCGUAUAUUUUGACGUUUAUACACAAGCAGUCUUUAAAGACUCUUAAUUUUUUGGUACGAAUCGAAAAUCUUUAGAAAAUACAUUUCGGAAACAAAAGUAACCGCUUAAGUCUCACAAAUAAUGGAAGAUGGUACCCCUUCUAAUCAAGUAGAAAUGUCUCAAGUCACAGGGUACUACUUACGGAGCAAGCGAAGACGUUUAAAUAACGAUGGAGAAGAGAUAUCACCUUACUCGCAAAAAAGGAGGUAUGUAAAGAGAAAGUCACCGAUACUAACGAUGCCAACCGAAAUUUUACAGAAGAUAUUUAGAAAAAUGACCUGCGAAGAAUUAUCAGUUUCUGUUCGCUUGGUCAACAGACGGUUUAAGAUAUUGGCCGAAGAUUUAUUAAAUUCUGAAUUCCUACUGCUUUACAAUCGACUUCAAAGUUCAAAAGAUUUGGUGGCAUUUAGUCUUCAGUCUUCGUCUCACGAUUCCGAUAUUAACUGUUACUCGAAAUUUUUAUCCGCAAUCGACAUAUUAAUUUUUCAUUACACAUUAGUAAGAGCUACCAUUUGGCGAUAUAUUUACUACGACAUGAGGAAAUCAAUUUUGUGUAUGUAUGGGGGUAAAAUCGUAGAUGAUAUGCAUAGUGUUUUAAACAAGCUAUUGACCAUAAAAGAUACUUCUGGUACCUAUCAUGUCCUUCAAGUAUUACCGGCAAUGGUACAGCAACUGUGUGUCUUGUGUAAACAGUUUAACAUUUCGUUUGAAAAAGGUUCAGAGAUGCCCAUAAACAAGUCUCCCUUAAUUUCGGGUGCUAAAAUAUUAGACAUAUUGAAUUGUGCCACCAACUGUGUAAAAACCGUUGGAUAUGAACGUUUACGAAAAAACAUGUACGUGACUAGUGUCCAAUAUUACUUUACAAAUUCAUGGUUUGUUUCAUUCAAUAUACCGUCGAAAAAAUCGAGGAACAUGGCCGAGAAAAUGCGUUUAAUGUUCAUGCGGGUAAGGCGCAUCGUUAAUGCACACUCGGAAAUGUCAUUGGAAAAUGAUAGUUACGAACGAGAGCUAUCACUGCAACCAGAUUCUAGUCUAAGAGUAAAAAAGCCCCCGAAUGCCAUCUAUACCGGUUACGGGGAAGUUGGUAGGUCGUUCUUUUUUUAUGGUGUCAUGAACGAAGGAGCGUACUUUCAAAAAUUUGUAAGAGAUUAUCUAGAAGAAGACGAAGAUGAUGAUGCAGAUGCACAAGCUACAUCCCCUAAUUUAGGGAUAAGAUUUAAAAUAGAACUAACGUGCUCUAUUGAGCUUGCACCUUAUGAUUUUGUAAAAAAGAUCAGUGAGGAUAUUACUAUAAUCAGAGAAUUAAAUAGGAAUGCAGCCAAGGAUGAAAAGAGGAUAUUUGAAAUGAAUAUGCAAAUCGACUGUCCUGGAGCUGCGAAUGCAAGAUUACCCUCUGUAUACAACAUGCGAUUACAUCAUAUGGCGGUCUCUUAAAUAACUAACGAAAACAGUGAUUCGAAAAUAAUUUAUCGGUUCUUUCCGAACAAUCAAUCCGUAGGGCUCUUGUUAUUAUCUACUAAUUUCUUGUUAUUUUUUAACACUGUAACCUUUUCGUAGAUUCGAUAUGUUUUUUAUAUUUUUUUAUUUUACUAUUACAAAGGUGCAACACCGAGUUAAAAAAGCAAUAAAAACUGUUUUAUUUAAACGUUUA